AAGAGACACACAGACAGGCAGGAUGGACGUGAAGCUGCUGUUUCUGAGUGUUGUUCUUCUCUCCUCACCGCUCCUCACACUAUGUGACCCACUAUUUGUUCUGUCAGCUCCUAAUUUGCUGAGGGUGGGUUCCUCAGAGAAUGUGUUUUUGGAGGCUCAGGAUUACUCUGGAAAAGACCUGAAUGUGAAGAUCUUUGUAAAGGACUUCCCAAACAAACACGUGGAGAUAAUGGAGUCCAAAUCAGUGACACUGUCUGCAGACCACAAUUUCCAGAUUCUUACAGAUAUAAAGAUUCCAAGUGAUCGGCAAUAUUUCUCUAAUGAUCCUCUGGAGAAGCAGUAUGUGUAUCUACAAGCUCAGUUUCCAACCGUCAUUCUGGAGAAAGUGGUCAUGCUCUCAUUCCAGUCUGGAUAUAUAUUUGUACAAACAGACAAGUCCAUCUACACACCUGCUAGCAAAGUUCAGUACAGGAUUUUCUCUCUGACACCCAACAUGACACCACGCAGUGGGUUUGGAAUCAUGGUGGAAAUCAUGAAUCCACAAAACAUCACAGUUAAAUCAGAUAAGCUAUUUCCAGUUAAAGGGAUGAUAUCCGGACACUAUUUUAUCCCUGAUGUUGCCAGUACUGGAAUCUGGAAGGUGGUCACACUGUUCUCAGACACUCCUCAGAAGAAGUUUACUGCAGACUUUGAGGUCAAAGAAUAUGUGCUUCCAACAUUUGAAGUGAAAUUAACACUCAGUAAGCCAUUCUUCUAUGUGCGUGAUGAGAAGCUGACAGUCAACAUUGAAGCCAAGUACUUGUUUGGACAGGAGGUGGAUGGAGAUGCAUUUGUAGUGUUUGGUUUGAUGGACGGAGAGAGAAAAACAAGUAUUCCUAACUCUCUGAAAAAAGUUCAGAUUGUGGAUGGAGAGGGCACUGCAGAACUGACCAGUCAGACAUUUUCAAACAUUAACCAGCUGGUUGGGCGAUCAAUCUAUGUUUCUGUCAGCGUUUUAACAGAAAGCGGAGGUGAAAUGGUGGAAGCAGAAAGGAGAGGCAUUCAGAUCGUGACGUCACCGUACACCAUCCACUUCAAAAGAACACCACAAUUCUUCAAACCUGGAAUGCCCAUCAGUGUCUCGGUUUACGUAACAAAUCCGGACCAAACACCGGCUGAAAAUGUGAAAGUGGAGGUCAGUCCUGAAGCAGGGAGCCAAAAAACGAAAGCCAAUGGCAUUGCAAAGUUUACCAUCAACACUCAGAAAGGAGUUUCCACUCUGGAGAUCACUGCAAAGAUCACUGACACAGAGUUAAAAGAACAGCAGGCAGAGAGAAAGAUGACUGCUCAGGCCUACAAGUCUAAAACUGGCUCCAACAACUAUAUGAACAUUAUUGUGGAAUCAGCAGAGCUUAAGAUUGGUGCUCAAAUGACAGCCUAUCUGAACACUGGAGAAAGUCCUCAUCUUCAAUAUAUCACCUACAUGAUCUUAAGUAAAGGUCAGAUCAUCAAAGCAGACAGGAUAAGGGGAUCAGGACAAAGCCUAGUGUCUCUGUCUCUACCUGUAACCAAAGACAUGGUGCCGUCCUUCCGCAUUGUGGCUUAUUACCUUGUGGGCUCAUCAGAAGUAGUGUCUGAUUCAGUCUGGGUCGAUGUGGAGGACACGUGCAUGGGAAAGCUCCAGAUUAAGGUGAAGAACAAGAUGAAUUCCUAUGGCACAGAAGAUGAGGUCAAGCUGCAGAUAACUGGAGAUCCUGGAGCUAAAGUUGGUCUGGUGGUGGUUGACAAGGCUUUGAAUGUCCUUAACAAGAACAGACUCACUCAGACAAAAAUCUGGGACGUCAUAGAGAAGCAUGACAUCGGCUGUACAGCAGGAGGUGGAAGGGACAGUAUGGGGGUUUUCACUGAUGCAGGUCUGAUGUUUGAGUCCAGCACUGCAGGAGGAACCAACACCAGAACAACACUGGAGUGUCCCUUCCUUUCAAAGAAAAGACGGCGAUCACUGGAUGAUGAAGACAACUAUUAUACAGAUUCUGAAGAUAUUGUGUCACGUACGCAGUUCCCUGAGAGUUGGCUUUGGGAGGAUAUUGAGCUAUGUGAGAACUGGUUAUCAGCAGCAGCUAAGUUACCGAAAAUGUUGACGGCAUAUGUGGCCAAAAUCUUUGCCAUGGCCAGUGACCUCAUAAAUGUAGAUGAUAAUGUGAUCUGCAGCACCCUCAGGUGGCUGAAUCUCAACAAACAACUGCCGAACGGCUCCUUUAAAGAAGAUAAAGCUGUAAUUCAUAUGGUUGGUGACGUACAGGGCAAAGAUGCCGAUGCGUCUCUGACAGCUUUUGUCCUGAUCGCCAUGCAAGAGGGCAGAGAGAUCUGUGCUGGAUCAGUUGGUAGUCUGAAUGAAAGCAUGAGGAAGGCUGUUUCCUUCUUGGAAGGUCGACUUCCACAACUGACCAAUCCUUACGCUGUUGCAAUGACGUCCUACGCCAUGGCCAAUGCUGACAAACUUGAUAUAGACAUCUUGAUGAGACACUCCAUUCACGGACAAGCCGGUAGGUCCUGGACUGUCCCUGGACAGCAGUAUCACUCACUAGAGGCGACGGCGUAUGCUGUGCUGGCACUUGUGAAGGCCAAAGACUUUGAUAAAGCAGGAGAGGCAGUGCACUGGCUGAAAAGACAACAGACACACUAUGGAGCAUCUGGCAGCACACAGGCGACCAUCAUGGUGUUCCAGGCUGUGGCAGAGUAUCACACACAGGUGAAGGAACAACAAAACAUCAAUCUGGAGAUAGAGCUGUCCAUGACAGGAAGAAGCAGACCUUUCAGAUGGACUUUCAAAAGAAACAAUAUGCAUCUUACACGGUCACAAAGGGUGGACAUCAAUGAGGAGUUCAAUGUAACUGCUAGAGGAACUGGAACAGCCACUCUCUCAGUUCUGAUGCUGUACUACGCCAGACCUGUUGAGAAGUCGUCUGACUGUACAUUCUUUGGUCUGACUGUUAAAAUGGAGAAAACCCCUGAGAAUAAACUCUGUACAAAGUUCUUCCACCCUGAGAGGGAAGAUGGCGCUCUAUACAGACUGUGUAAAGGAGACCUGUGCCAGUGUGCAGAAGUUUAUAAAGUCAAAGUGGUAGGGAUGGAUCUGAAAAAAGAAUCUGACAUCUAUGACUUGAAGGUGGAGGAGGUGCUAAAACAAGGCACUGAUAAGGAUGUUGAGGGGAAAGUGAGAAAAUUUCUGGCUCGUCCCAGUUGCAGAAAUUAUUUAGGACUGGUAAAAGACAAGUCGUACCUCAUCAUGGGCAAAUCUGUUGACCUGCCAUUGCUCGGGGGGAAGUACAUCUUGGGAGAGCACACCUGGGUUGAAUACUGGCCCACACAAGAGGAAAGCCAAACUCCAGAACACAGGGAACGAUACAUGGGCAUCUCUAAACUCCAGGAUGCAAAACGAGAAAAACCUUUAGUUCUUAGAGCUGACAUACCAGAUGAUUGGCUUCCAGACACACCUGCUAGCACGUACAUCACAAUUACUGGUGAGGUGAUCACUCAGACAGUUGAGCAGGCCAUCAACGGAAGCUUCAUGGGUCGUCUUAUUGUCCAACCCAGUGGAUGUGGAGAGCAGAACAUGGUCGCUAUGACUUUACCUGUCAUUGCCACUCAUUAUCUGGACAACACCAAUCAGUGGGAGGCUGUCAGCAUGGAUCGCCGUACUGAAGCAACUAACAAAAUCAGCACAGGUUAUCAAGGUCAGCUGAAAUACCGGAAAGACGAUGGAUCUUACGGUAUCUGGAAAGAAACGCCAAGCAGCACAUGGUUGACAGCAUAUGUGGCCAAGGUCUUCGCAAUGGCCAGUAAGUUAAUAACAAUAGAUGAGCAUGUGAUCUGCAGUGCUCUCAAGUGGCUGGUUCUGCAUAAACAACUGCCAGAUGGCUCCUUUAAAGAGGAUCAUCCUGUACGCGACAGCGAGAUGGUGGGUGGUGUUCGAGGCCAAGAUGCAGACGCCUCUCUGACAGCUUUUGUCCUGAUUGCCAUGCAAGAGGGCAGAGAAAUCUGUGCUGGAUCAGUUGGUAGUCUGCAUGAAAGUAUCAGGAAGGCUGUUGUCUUCUUGGAAGGUCGACUUCCAAAACUAAGCAAUCCUUAUGCUGUUGCGCUAACGUCCUACGCCUUGGCCAAUGCCGACAAAUUCAAUAAAGACAUCUUGAUGAGACACUCCACUAAAGGACAAGCCGGUCGGUCCUGGACUGUCUCUGGAGAGCGUUAUCACUCAAUAGAGGCGACGGCGUAUGCUGUGCUAGCACUUGUGAAGGCCAAAGACUUCGAUGAAGCAGGAGAGGCAGUGCAUUGGCUGGGCAGACAACAGUCUCACUAUGGUGGUUAUGACACCACACAGACGACCAUCAUUGCGUUCCAGGCCGUGGCAGAGUAUCGCACGCAGGUAAAGGACAAAGAAAACUUCAAUCUGGAAGUGGAGCUGUCUGUGGCAGGAAGACGCAGUCCUGUGAAAUGGACUUUCAGAAGAGAUAAUGUGCAUCUUACACGGUCAGACAGGAUGGCCAUAAACAAGGAGUUCACUGUAACUGCUAGAGGAACUGGAACAGCCACUCUCUCAGUUCUGACGCUGUACUACACCAGACCUGUUGAGAAGAAGUCUGACUGUACAUUCUUUGAUCUCACUGUUAAAAUGGUGAAUGACCCUGAAGCAAAACAAGGAGCCAUUGCAAGCUACAACUUCAUGAUGGAUUUCUUCUACAAAAAUGACAAAACAGAUGCCACUAUGACUAUUAUGGAUAUUGGCUUACCCACUGGAUUUGAUAUUGAAGAAAAUGAUCUUAAAGAGUUGUCAACAGGGAAGGAGAGAUACAUUCAGAAAUAUGAAAAGAAUAAGGUGCUGUCAGAGCGAGGAUCCCUCAUCCUCUACUUAAAUAAGGUUUCUCAUAAAGAGACAGAAAGAAUUGCUUUUAGAAUGCACCAGAUGCUUGAUGUGGGUCUGCUCCAACCUGCUGCAGUCACAAUAUAUGAAUAUUAUUCACCAGAAAAACGCUGUACAAAGUUCUACCACCCUGACAGAGAAGACGGUGCUUUAUACAGACUGUGUAAAGGAGACCUGUGCCAGUGUGCAGAAGAAAACUGUACCUACCAGAAGAAAAACAACCCCGAAGAAGAGGAGCGUUUAAAUAAAGCCUGUGAAGGUGGCAUGGAUUAUGUUUAUAAUGCCACAGUGGUGGGCAUGGAUCUGAAACAGGAGUCUGACAUCUAUGACAUCAGGGUGGACAAGGUGUUGAAAGAAGGCACUGAUGAUGAUGUUGAGGGGAAUGUGAGAAAAUUUCUGGCUCGUCCCGGUUGCAGAGAACAUUUAGGAUUGGUAAAAGGCAAGUCAUACCUCAUCAUGGGCAAAUCUGUUGACCUGCCAAAGCUCGGGGGAAGUCUGCAGUAUAUUUUUGGAGAGCACACCUGGGUUGAAUACUGGCCUACAAGAGAGGAAAGCCAAACUCCAGAACACAGGGAUCGAUACAUCAGCAUCUCUGUGCUUCAGAAUCGCCUGACUCAACACAGAUGUGCUACAUAAUUAUAUAACGCCUAUUUGUUGAUCGCUGAAAAUUAAACGUGAUCUCUAGCAUGUUUUUAUUAAAUCUAA